UUUUUAGAUGCUCAAAUAUUUAUUAAAAAAUAAUUAUCGUCGGUCAAAAACUUUACAUAUUUGUCAUUCUUAUUUUUCAAUUCAAAAUGUGAAUAGAACAAUUACAAGAACUUUAAAAUCGGUGGCUUCCAAGCCUUUACAAAUUGUCAAUUUUUGUGUAUUGCGGUGUUACAGAUGGUUUUUAAAGAUGCGAGUAUUGGUAAAUAUAUUUUUUUAUGGGAUGGGGCUAAUUGUAAGAUGUAGAGAUUGA